AUGGCUGCCGCGCCCGCCCACGAGCUCAAGCUCGACCCCAAGUACGACGACUACGACUACCCCACCAUCGCCCCUACAGCGCAGAACGGUCACCCCGGCCACACAACGCCCGAGCAAGAUGCGCAAGUCUUCCAGCUGCGAACCCAGCUCGAGCAGGCCGGAUACACCAAGAACCUCGACACAUUGACGCUGCUGCGAUUCCUCCGUGCGCGCAAAUUCAAUGUCGAGCUGGCAAAGGCAAUGUGGAUCGACAGCGAGAAGUGGCGGGCAACAUAUGCCGGCGUCGGCGUCGAGGAGCUCGUGCGCACCUUCGACUACCAGGAAAAGGCACAGGUGUUCGAAUACUACCCCCAGUACUACCACAAGACCGACAAGGAUGGCCGCCCGGUCUACAUUGAGCAGCUCGGCAAGGUCGACCUCACUGCCCUCGGCAAGAUCACCAGCCAAGAGCGCAUGGUGCAGAACCUCGUCUGCGAGUACGAGAAGAUGGCCGACCCGCGUCUGCCCGCCUGUUCGCGCAAGUCUGGCUACCUCCUCGAGACUUCGUGCUCCAUCUUGGACCUGAAGGGCGUCGGUAUCGCCAAGGCAACCUCCGUCUACGGCUACCUGCAGGCCGUCUCCGCCAUUUCCCAGAACCACUACCCCGAGCGCUUGGGCAAGAUGUACGUCAUCAACGCACCCUGGGGUUUCUCUGGCGUCUUCAGUGUCGUCAAGAAGUUCCUCGACCCCGUUACCAGCGCCAAGAUCCACGUUUUGGGCUCCGGAUACAAGGCAGAGUUGCUCGCACAGGUCCCUGCCGAGAACCUGCCCAAAGCUUUCGGUGGAUCGUGUGAAUGCCCUGGUGGCUGUGCGCUGAGCGACGCUGGCCCAUGGCAGGACUCGCAGUGGGUCAAGGAGCCCAAGUGGGCCAAGAAGAGCGAUGCUAUUGACAACACUGCGCUGCCUCCUCCUACCACCGGCGGCGACGUUCCCACUGGGGCUCAUGCUGGGGCUCAUGCUGGGGCUCCCGUUGACCCUGCACAUGCUGGUGUUCCCCAGACGCAUACUUAG